AUGGCGGUGGCCGAGGCACAGCUGUACUCAAAGGUGUCCAACAAGCCCCGGGGCAGGGGCACCUCUGCCCUCCUGGAGCCUCUCCUGGCCAAAGGAUUCCCGGCUCAUCUUGCGCAAAAAGCCUUGGUUGCUACUGGACAAAAAACAGUAGAAGAUGCAGUAAAAUGGCUGCAUUCCCACUGCAAUGACCCCUCCCUGGAUGACCCCAUCCCCCAGGAAUAUGCCCUGUACUUGUGCCCCCGGGGCCGCCUGCACAGCCGCCUGCAGGACUUCUGGAGGGAGAGCAAGCGCCAGUGCGGCAAGAACAGAGCCCACGAGGUCUUCCCACACGUCACCCUCUGCGACUUCUUCACGUGUGAAGACCAGAAAGUGGAAUUCUUGUAUGACGUCCUAAAGAAAGUGGGUGACAGCUUUUGCCAGAUCUUUCCACCAUCCAUUUUCCUAACACUACAUGCAUCUCCCAGCUACCUGGGCUUCUUCAUUGAUGACAGCCAGGCAAACAUCCUCAAAGACUUUGCUGUGGCAUUCUCAACAGAGGCUUCAGCCCUGGCAGACUGCCACGUGAAGCCCUCCUUGAAGCAGUUCCACCUUACCCUGGCUCACAGGUUUUACCCUCACCACCAGAAGACUUUGGAACAGCUGGCCAAGUGCAUCAACCCAGGAGAGCCCUGCCAGUGGGUGGCUGCUCUCUAUUCACGGGACAUGCGCUUUGCGUAUUACCAGAGGCUCAGGGCCCUCUUCCAGUACAAGCCCCAGAACAUUGAUGAGCUGAUGAUCAACCCUGGGGAUUUGAUCUACGUGGAUCCGAGGCAGCAGAGCGAGGCGGGCGAGGGCUGGGUGGUCGGCACCUCGCACCGCACCGGCUGCAGGGGCUUCCUGCCCGAGAACUACACCGAGAGAGCCCACGAGUCAGACACCUGGGUCAAGCACAGGGAAUAUGUUUUUGACACAGCUUCAAGAUCCUUCACCAAAACUGAAAAGGAACCCAAUGUAAAGCCAAAUGGGGAAGCCCAUAAUCUCAGUAUGCCAAGGAGUGUAACCAAUGUUGUUUCACUUCAGAACGCUGCCCUGAGGAGAGGGGUGCUGGUGAUGAGCCACGGGGAAAGAGUGGAUCAGGUCUUUGGCAAAUCUUGGCUUCAGCAGUGCCUGACUGCAGAUGGGAAAUACUACAGAGCAGAUCUGAACUUCCCCUCCUCCCUGCCGAAGCAGAAAGACAGCAUGAAGCAGUUUGAAUGUGAUCCUCCUUUAUCUUGCUGUGGUAUUUUCCAGUCAAGGCUUAUAGGGGAAGCUCUGCUGGAGCAGGAUGUGACAGUCAGCUCCGUGUACUCGUCCCCUGCCCUGCGCUGCGUGCAGACAGCUCAGCAUGUACUGCAGGGGCUUAAAUUAAAUCAAAAAGUCAGGAUCAGGGUGGAACCAGGACUGUUUGAAUGGACCAAGUGGGAAGCAAGCAGAGCAAUCCCUAAAUUCAUGACUGUGGCAGAACUGGUGGAGGCGUCUUAUGACAUAGACACAAGUUACAGGGGUAACUUCCCACUCUCCUCUCUGGUGCCAUCAGAAAGUUAUGAAGACUAUGUCAGCAGGAGCUCUGCAGUUAUAAAACACAUCGUCAGUGCCUGCCCCUGCAAAGGUAGGGGUGUCAUCCUCAUCGUGGGCCACGGCUCCUCCUUGGCACCUCUCAGCCGGGCACUCACAGGGCUCCCCAGCAGAGACAGCGGAGACUUUGCCCAGAUGGUGCUGAAGAUCCCUGCCCUGGGCAUGUGUUUCUGUGAAGAACAGAAAGAGGAGAACAAAUGGCAGAUGGUCAACCCACCAGUGAAGACAUUAACUCAUGGAGCAAAUGCAGCAUUUAACUGGAGAAAUACUAUCAUGGAAGAUUAA